AUGCUUCGACGACUUCCCAGGAGCCUUGAGAGGCUCGCAGGAAGACCUACGAUAAGAACACCAGCAUUGAAACCGCUUUUUGCAACUAUGCCCCGGUAUAUAUCCUCUUUACCCUCAGUCGAACCUCCCGUGUCCACUUCGUUAUCCUCCGACUCAUUCCAACUUCUCUCAACGGAGGAAAAAGUCGGUGACGCUGAAGAUAUUUUGUUCAAACAACAAGUAGAAGAUGUAAAGAAAUGGUGGGCAUCGCCGAGAUACGAAGGCAUCAAAAGACCUUACAGACCAGAGGAUGUCGUGAGCAAACGAGGGACACUGCAACAGGUGUACCCCAGCUCACUCAUGGCGAGAAAACUCUUCAAUCUUCUUGCCGAAAGAGCAGCAGAGGGAAAACCAGUCCACACAAUGGGAGCAAUUGAUCCCGUCCAGAUGACGCAGCAGGCACCCAACCAAGAGAUCCUCUAUGUAUCAGGUUGGGCCUGUUCAUCCGUCCUUACAACCACAAACGAAGUUUCCGCCGACUUCGGCGAUUAUCCUUACAACACAGUUCCCAACCAAGUUCAGAGGCUGUUUAAAGCUCAGCAACUCCAUGAUCGCAAACAUUUCGAUGCGCGGCGGAAGAUGACUGUCGAGGAACGCAAGAAUACGCCCUACAUCGAUUACCUGAGACCCAUUGUCGCAGACGGCGACACCGGACACGGUGGACUGUCCGCCGUCAUUAAACUGGCCAAGCUCUUCGCUGAGAAUGGUGCUGCCGCAGUGCAUUUUGAGGAUCAGCUCCAUGGAGGCAAGAAAUGUGGACAUCUGGCCGGCAAAGUAUUGGUCCCUAUGGGCGACCACAUCAACCGCUUAGUCGCAGCAAGGUUUCAAUGGGAUAUGAUGGGCAGCGAAAACCUUGUCAUUGCUCGAACUGAUUCUGAAAGCGGCAAGCUACUCUCCAGCGCCAUUGACGUCCGAGAUCAUGAGUACAUUCUUGGCGUGACCGAGGACACGGAACCCUUGGCCGAGGUUCUUCAAGAGAUGGAACUAAAUGGUGCCGAUGGAGCUGAAGUGGACAAGUUCGAGUCUGAAUGGGUCAAGAAUCACAAGUUGGUCACGUUUGACGAGGCCGUAGGAGCUCACAUCAAAGCCGAGGGCGGAGAUGUUUCUGAAUAUCUCGCCAAAACCAAAGCAGACCGCAACAUGUCCCUUUCCAAACGCCGCCAUCUCUCUUCUCAGUACACGAAAUCUCCAGUGGUCUGGUCUUGCGACAUCCCUCGAACUCGAGAAGGAUACUACCAUUACCGCGCGGGCCUCCCUGCGGCAACCAAGCGUGCUAUUGAAUUUGCGCCCUAUGCAGAUCUUCUGUGGCUGGAGACUGCAGAUCCUAGUGUGUCGAAAGCGGCCGGUUUCGCCAGAGAGAUCCGUGAGGCGCACCCGGGUAAGAAACUGGUCUACAAUUUGAGCCCGUCGUUCAACUGGAUGGGUCAAGGCUUCGACGAUGCUUCACUGAAGUCAUUUGUCUGGGACCUUGCCAAAGAAGGCUUCGUGCUUCAGCUGAUCUCCCUUGCCGGUCUCCAUUCGACAGCCACGAUUACCGCGGAGCUAUCACGGGGCUUUAAGAAAGACGGCAUGCUUGCCUAUGUCAAGCUAGUCCAGAGCCGGGAGAAGGAGCUUGGUGUUGAUGUGCUAACCCAUCAGAAAUGGAGCGGUGCUCCAUACAUAGAUGGGAUCAUUGGUGCCAUUCAAAGUGGCAGCAGUUCCAGCAAGAGUAUGGGGGAAGGCAAUACCGAAGCAGGCUUUUGA